AACAUGUGGGAAGAUUUGGUCUGCAGAGUUGAAUAGUUGAAUUAAACAAACAAACAAACAAACAAACAAACAAAACAAAUCUUAUUCUGCUAAAGAUGAAGCCCAUCUCGCAGUUUUCCUAGAGAUUGCUAUCGCUGAAUACACGUGACUAGCGGACUGUACAGGAGCGAAAGAGUUAAUCCGAGUUAGAAAUUCAUGCCACAUCUGUCAGAUUUUUAAGUGUGUGACGUUCAGAGGGGGGAGAGAGGGAGGAGGAGAGAAAAACGGGGCUGAGAUCGAUAGAGAGACAGAGGAAAGGGAAGGAGGGGGAUGCAGAGAGAUAAUGACAGAAAGGGAGCUGAGGUUGAAGACAUACACAGGGCUGUUGGUUGUGUAGAACAGAGCAAAGCGCCUACAACAUUCAGGAGCAGAGGCGUUUUCAUCGCAUCUUGCUCAUUUUGGCCUCCGCGACCAUUUCCCCCGAAAGUGAACUAAACUGAGUAGACGGACCGCCGCCUAUUUCCGCACACAGAAUGAUGGUGAUGAAAAGUAUCUCGGCUCGGUAGCAGUUUUGGAUUAUCGAUCUCCUGCGGUAGGAAAAACAUCGUACAUUUUCAGGAUUCUUGUUUUCCCUUCGCUGCUGCUCGCUGAACGCCGGAGAUCUGGUCCAGCAUCGCCCUGCUCUACGUUGAGGGUUUCCACGGUCAAGGACAAGGUGCAUUUAAGGAGCACAAAAAAAAAAAAAAAAUGCUGAAAAUGAACUUCUGUAUCCGCUUUUGAAAUCCCCCCCAAAAAUUACCGCCUUCUCUGGACUUACAGUGAUUCAGCUUUUAGUUACUUUGCAAACAUUCGGACAUCCUGACAGAUACUUGUGAAAGUAAGACAUUUCCAGACAUAUUUUGUAGAAAUGGAGGGGAAUAUGGGAGAGGUGUCGGUUCACAGUCAUGUGGAACUUGCACACAGUCAAGACAGUCGAUUGAUGCUGCACUCACGAGACGUCUCUGCUGCCUUCUCGCGUCCUGCACUGGGAAGCCCUCCCAUGGGCCUGGAACAUGAGCACAGAAGCACUGGUUAUGAGCACAGUAUGCCAACGCUGGGCUAUGGCAGGGAGAGCCCUGCGAAUUGUGGCGGCACAUAUACCACGCUCACUCCCCUGCAGCCAUUUGAUGACAAGUUUCACCAUCAUCACCACCAUCCUUGUUUGCCUGUCAGCAAUGUAAUUGGUAGCUUUACACUCAUGCGUGAGGAUCGAGGCCUUGGAGGUAACUUCUAUAACCCUUACAGCAAAGACUUGGGCAUGUCACAGACUCUGUCUCCACCUCUGGGCAGCUCAGGUCUGGAACCGGCCAUGCACAGCUACAGCUCUUUAGGGACACAGAAUGGACACAGUGGCCAGAUGUUAGCAGGCAGCCAUGAAGUCCAUAUGGGAAGCAAUGGAGGUAACCUAUUCUGCCGAACUGUGGCAGACUUUGGGAGGGAAAUGUCACCCCCCUCUCUGGGAAGUGACCACGGGGUUAGCCAUCAUCUGAACAAGAUGGACAGUCACCACCAGCAUAUACCCACCUACCACCCCCAUCUUUAUACCCAGAGCUACCAGCAUCAUCACCCCAGCCAGCAGGCCUCAAAGCUUGGCGAGCUCUCUGUUUCUUCCCCCUCCUCCUCCUCCUCUUCUUCAAAUUCUGGUCUCGCCAGGGAGGGUAUGUUGGCUGGUUCCCAGAGUAGCAGUGCAGGCGAGGAGAUCAACACCAAAGACGUGGCCCAGCGGAUCAUCACAGAGCUGAAGAGGUACAGCAUCCCGCAGGCCAUCUUCGCAGAGAGGGUGCUGUGCCGCUCUCAGGGCACCCUGUCCGAUCUUCUACGAAACCCAAAGCCCUGGAGCAAGCUGAAGUCUGGCCGUGAGACAUUCAAGAGGAUGUCCCGCUGGUUACAAGAGCCAGAAUUUCAGAGGAUGGCAUCACUACGACUGGAAGCCUGUAAGAGGAAGGAGCAAGAACAGUCUAAGCAAGAAAGGAACCAGGGACCGAAGCGCACUCGGCUGGUCUUUACAGACUUGCAGCGACGUACAUUGAUGGCGAUCUUCCGAGAGAACCAGCGGCCUGCCAAAGAGCUGCAGGUGACCAUUGCACAGCAACUAGGCCUCGAGCACUCCACCGUCAGCAACUUCUUCAUGAACGCACGCCGCAGAAACCUCAACCGCUGGAGCGAGGAGGGACGCCCAUCCUCCACCGGGUCCUCAGGGUCCAGUACUUCCUCCCCUACUGUCUCCUGCACUACAGCAUGAUGUGAGGAGAGGCCAGAUCUCCACAGCAUGUGAAAGAUCUAAUAUCUCUGAUGCUGACAGAGGUUUUUUCUUUUGUUUUUUAAUCAGAGAUCUUUUACACAGGAAUUAAAGUCCAACUGAAACCAAAGAUAAAACACUAGAGAAGAGAUAGAUUUCUUAGUAUAGUUAUCAGUAUUUAACUGGUAGUUCUUUCUUCAUAUUUAAUUUGGAAUAGAACAACUGAUUUCUUUUUUAAUAGAAGAAAUUUCAGUACAAGGUGAUUAACCAAGAAAGCUGCAGUAAUUUAGUGAGCAGUUGUUUUUGGCAUCACUAUUUUUGUUAAAUACAGUAAACGAUAUUAGUAUUUUCAAAAAUCAAGACACAUCACUUGGACAUUUUUUGCCUAAACAGCCUGAGUGCUUUAUGUUUCCUUAAUCCAUUAUGUAAAGAAAAUUAUGACCAAAGAGAAAUGCCAAAAGAAUGUGGAUUGAUGUUUUUUCCUUUUUUGAGAAAUGCUUGAAAGUUAAAUUGUGUGCAUUUUUAGGGGUUUAUUUCAUCCUGGAUAAAUUCUAACAAAAGCUACAGCUCAUCCUCCGAUUGUGCUGCCCAAGGUUCUACGUGGAGAUAGCCAGAGCCUGUGAGCAGAACUCCCUAGCAUCCUCUCACACUAAACAAUGAGUCUGAAUCCUAUAGGGAUGAAAACAGAUCCUGAAGGAGAGGGAGGAGGGGCAGAGGAUGCGUUUUUAAAGAGUACCCUCAAGAGCACUGAUCGAUUGAUUGGUAAAUCUCCUGGGAGCUGCUGCAGAGAAAUACAGACAAAGGUACAAAGAGGAAUCCUCUGUAGAUGUACAGUGAGCACCAGUUAUUAGCAUUUGUAAUUUCCAUCCACUGACCUGAAAAUGACCAGUAGAGAAAACUCCUGUAGAUCCAAUGCAAGAUUUUACUUGAUGCGAAUACUGGACAAUGGAGAAGUGUCGCACCAGAUAAUGGUUCUCUACAAAUUAUCAAGCACACAAGCCAUGUUGGAUUACUUUAUGCCUGUUGUUCAAUCUUAAAGGCAUAUUGUUCAAGAGAAAAAAAAAAACUUGGAUAUUAUUUGUUACUUGAGCUCAAAAUCUGUCCUUAAUGAACUCAACACAUACUACUAGUUUUUAUUAUUAUUAUUAUUAUUAUUAUUAUUAUUAUUAUUAUUAUUAUGCGAUUAUUUAUGUAUUUAUGUAUUUAUUUCCUGGUUAUUUAUUUGCUAAAUAUUGUAAGUAUUUAUUUUAUCACAUGUUGUUUGUCUAUUAACUUGUUUCUGAUGGGAGUCCCAUCUUGAUACCAAAGACAAAGGUUUGUCCUCCCUGAAUGUAGGCUCUGCUUUUGCUUGUUUCUGUAACAAUGCUAGUGUUCUAACUGUCCAUCACAUGCAAUUCAUGCUCAAGUCAGAGCAUCUCUGACACACUGAACAAAUCUAAAAACUGCACCAGCUGAAAGACUAGAAUUGUUGACCAGAAUUACAUACUGUAAAGCUCGCUGGGAAUUCUGUAUGAAAGUUCUGUGGAUGCUUUUGGACUAUCUUAGCAGCAUCCAAAUUCCUAAAAGCUUUUUCCAUUUUUGCUGGACUAAAUUUUGUCAUACUGGAUCCAUGUGAUCCAAAUCAAAUCAAAUGCAUUAUUCUUUAUACAUACACAAACCCUGUUUCUUUUGGGAAGUGCAGCGCAGUAUUACAUGGGUUUUAGGGGCACAAGACAAAGUUUCAAUGUCGUUUUGGCUGCGUUCGCGUGUGUCACUCCGUCUUUAACCUUCGCAGGGUGUGAAGUGAGGCCCCCUUCACUGCGUGCACUUGAAAGAGGACCAUGAAAGAGGCCAUCGACUUUUGCUGACAUGAAAGAGGCUCUUUUCAUGUGUGUCCUGUUGGAGGCUGGGGCCGAAGCUCGCCGCUCACUCAGCCAGACCCAUGGGCUUAGGGCAUUCAGAGGGGAGGGCAGAUCAGAGAAGGGCUGCAUUACCAAACCAAGGGAUAGUGAGCGGGGAGGGAGUGUUGGAGAGUGCAAAUUAAAAUUUAAUGAGUGACAAUUGUAAGCGUGCUGCGAGCAGAACAAGGGCGUCUGCAUCAGCGCAUGUGUUAACACUCAGCAGUUGUCCCGGGUGCAGCAGUUCUCCUAGUGUGGCCAAAGGAGAAUAUUAGAUAUUGCAGAAUUCUUAUGUCAGAUUUGCAUGUUGCAUCUCUGAACCCAAAACAACCUUGGGAGUGUAAAGAUUUGUUGAAAGUAGUAAUCUUAGGGAGCCCCUAGUGGUUAAAAGUUUUUGCUGUCUUUUAGAAGAAAAUGGCUGAAGAUUUAGAGGAUGGGCCAGACACAAAUACAGGCCACAUAGGAGUGAAGAAGCUUUAGGAGCUGGUCUGUAAAAACUGGACUUCACUGUGCUAGGGAUGUUUUGGCAUGUACGUGCUGUAAACAUACACUCUUGUUAAUGUCUCUCAUUUGCGCAUAUAUGUGUAAACUACUGUAUGGAAGAAUUUGCAUCCCCAUGUAAUUACUGGACAGUGGUUGGCCUAUAUUUUCUGGCUACGACUGUACACGUGACUUAAUUUUUUUUGCCAUCCGAGAAACAGCUCGAACCCAUUCACUACUAUGAAGAAUUCAUCUACCUCAAUUGUGUGUGGUGUAGCUGAAAUGUAACUGUACCAAAGAUCCCAUGCAUUCAGGGAGAGUUUGUGUCUCAUCUUUUCUAACCAAAUGUGCUGGAAUCAAUCUGAAAGCGCUAAUCACAGUUUUAUCUACAGACAGAGAUAAAACAUACAUACAAAAGGAGAACAUUAGUUGUCUGUGUGUUGACAGGGAAAUAAAAAUCAUCGAUGCAGAUAUCAAAUGGGACAAUCGAAGCAGGAAAGGGUGGUCUUGCUGUAUUUAUGAUUGUUUAUUCUUCCCACAAGUGUAACCAGUAAAAUAAAAUAACAAAAAAAAUGAAUAGUCAACAGUUGAAUAUAGAUGACUUCAGAGCCAAACCUGACAAAAACUGUAAAGUGUCUGUUCAUAAUAUAGUUACAGUCACUGAACACCUUUUGUAAUUUGUCUAAAUAGAAUAUAAUUUUAGAAGACAAUGUUACAUUGAUAGAGAACG